UUUCCUUGCCCUCCUUCUUCUAGUCUUUACUCCUUAGUGCCAGCUCUUCUAUUUAGUAUUUACGAUACGCACGUUGCCCCACGCGACCCUGUCCCAAACAGUUCUUGUGAUGAUCGACACUCGAGGAAAAAACAUUUCUAAGCCUCUUUUUGUGGUUUUGUGAAUUUUCAAAUAGUGCAACCGGCCAACGAGGCGAUGUUUGUCUUGUCUCCGAUCCGCUCUGGUGUGAUUAUCAUUAUGAUGGAGUAUGGAAUGCGAUAGACUCUCGUUCUGUUACCCUCCUUCUUGACUUAGAAGACAAUUUCAUCUGCCGUCCUCGAAGCCGAAACCGAUUGUUGAAAGGCAAUCCUUUGUAACAUUUAGAAGAGUCCCAACAACUUCUACAGAUGUUUUCAUGUAAUGUUGGAAGAAGAACUUCGUAGUGCAGCAGCCAGGGGAAUUCUUGACGAUGUAAAUUCACUUCUCAAGAGAGGUGCCAACUUCGCCCCCGAUUCUUGCGGGCGGACGCCUUUGCAUUUGGCCUCAGCAGCAGGUUUUGCAGAUGUUGUCGACCUAUUGGCAAACCCGGAGAAUAUAAAUGAUGUGGACGCUGUUGGCAGAACAUCGCUGCAAAUAGCAGCUACUGGGGGACACUUGGAAGUUGUUAGGAUUUUGUUAAAAAAGGGGGGAAAUCCAAAUCUGAGAGAUGAGCUUCAUGGAAAUACACCAGUGCAUGAGGCUAGCUGGCACGGUUUCAGCCAAACUGUAGCACUUCUUGUGAGAAAUGGAGCCGAGUCUGGAAUUAAAAACAUCGCUGGUUUUGCCGCUAUCCAUCUUGCUUGUCAGAACGGGCAUAAUCAGAGCUGUCGAGAACUACUUUUAGCUGGGGCUGAUCCCGACAUUCAAAAUAAUUAUGGAGACACAGCGCUUCAUACGAGUGCUAGGUAUGGGCACGCAGGCGUUGCAAGGAUCCUUAUUAGCGCAUCAUGCAGAGUUUCGGAUCAAAAUAAAAAUGGUGAUACUGCUCUGCAUAUUGCUUCAGCAAUGGGGCGAAGAAAAUUAACUACUAUUCUGUUGGAAGCAGGCUGUGAUAAAUCAAUAAGAAACAAGCAAUAUGAAACUGCUUGUGAUAUAGCUACUCGCAAAGAUCUGAAUGAGAUAAUAAUCAUUCUUCAGAGUGUGAAGCCUCAAAAAUCUUCUAAAAAGAAGUCUAAAAAAACAAGCGAAACGUCCGAUUCUGAUAAAAGAAGCAGGGAGACGUUGGUAGGAAGACCUCACGACCCAAGAGCAUGUGGAAGCAGUGUACGCUGGUCACCAUACGGUUGUCAUUAUUACCCUGACCCAAAAGCAUUUCCUCAGCCUAAACUAGAUUCUUUACCAGGAGAACCACUCUCUAAAGGAGAACAAUAUUAUCUAGACCUUGCAGGAAACAUAAGAAAAGGUCCGGUUGGUGUCGGUUUAACCUGUUACUGCACGAAUUUCCUUCGAGAUAUGGAAGCUAGGCUAGAAAGAAGUAAUGAGGAAAUGAAACAGCGGAUAAGAUCUGCUAGGUGUCAUUUAGAAGAGCGUGUUGAGAGGACAGAGGGUCUUAUUGCAGAAUGGCUAGAAGAAGGAAGAGGAAGAAGUAGAAAAAAGAAAAAGAAAAAAAGCAGAAGCCAAAGUCUCGAUCUUCUCGAAAACACUACAAAAGCUGACAGAAAGGAAGAGAGUGACAAGAAUGAAGAAAAGACCUCUUUGUUUGUUGAUCGUAAUGAGGAAAUGGCUGAAGUAGAGGAGACUCUGAAAGAACUAUCUGUUAGGGCUGAACAAGAAGAGAACAAAAAUAAAGCUUUGGAUGGAAGCCUUUCACUUAGUGCAAUCAAUUUAGUCAAAGCUAGUGACGAGGAAAAAGUCCUGGAACAGCUUAAAGAGGCUGAAAAAAGCCCUUUAGGUCUAAAACAUAAAAAUGUAAAAUCUAAAUUCCAAGAAGACAGAGAUAUGAAAUGGGAUACGUCUUCGUACUCAGGAAUAGAGGCUCUUCCUUAUAGGUCAAGAGUUGCUGUUUAUAACCCAGCAUUUUCUGGUUUCACAGAUAGGCCAGAACUGGACAUGAUGAAUAGUCAAAGCUCAUAUUACGUGCCAGACACUGUAAAUAAAAGUGAGACUCAAGAAGGCCAUAUAGAGAUCCAAGGUUCAAAUUUAGUAUAGAUGGGUUUUAUUUAUUAUUAUUGUUAUUCUAAC